UCAUAAAUAAAUAUCAUUAUUUUUGAAAUUAUUAUGUAUUUUAUUUUAUUCCAUAAAAAAAAGUUUUGAAAUGGUGCGCAGCCGCCAUCUUGAAACUUUGACGUAUUACUUUUAUGUUAUGCAUCAAUUUCAUCAGCCCAAAUUACAUCUCUCCAACUUGACCUGUUAAAAAAAUGAGUACAGGAAGACCUUUCUGAAUCUACAAUUUAAUUUUUAGGAUGGUCAGACGGUUAUAAAAUUGAGAUGGCACAUUAUAAAUGAAAUUUAUUAAAACCAAUUAAAAAUAGUCAAGAACUGGAAUCUGCUAUAAACAGCUACUAUACCAGUUCUUUACCAAAAUUCACAGCCCUGCACUACUUUUUUGAACAGGUUUUAGAUCAUCAUGAAACCGACUCAUUUUUUCAAGGCCUUCUACCAAAGAUUAUCAACUUAGCCUUACAACUUCCAGAUUUAUUACCUCAAAGCUUUCUCCUAUUGAAGUCCAACCACAAUAGAUCUGUGAGUUUGUCUCAAUUGCAAGUAGCUACCUUAUUAGCCAAUGCAUUUCUGUGUACGUUUCCAUGGAAAAAAGGAAUGUCAACGUGUCCUGGGAUAAAUUUUAUGAGAUUAUUUGCAGCUAGCCAGAGGCCUAAAAGAAAAGAUUCUGUGAUGGAGAAGUUAAGGUGUCUCAUACAUUAUUUUAGAAGAGUUACAGAAAGAUGCCCUGUUGGUGUACUCACAUUUGAACGACGAUUUAUACAUAGAAGCACAAUGCCUAGGUGGAUAUGCUAGAUAAUAUAAUAGGCAGAACGAAACUGCAUGUAAAUAGUGCUGGUACUAUCGAAGAUGAUGGCAUUGGUCUUUUACAAGUUGAUUUUGCACACAAGCUAGUUGGAGGGGGAGUACUAGAGUAUGGAUGUGUCCAGGAAGAAAUACGAUUUGUAAUAUGUCCUGAACUUAUUGUAAGUCGUAUGUUUGUAGAAGCACUUGGAGACCAAGAGGCUGUGAUAGUUACAGGCCCUGAACGGUUCAGUAAAUAUAAUGGAUAUGGUCAGGAGUUUAAAUGGGAUGGUAACUUUGUGGAUGAAACUCCCCAUGAUGAGUAUGGUCGGAGAAGAACGUCUGUAUGUAUGAUAGAUGCCAUACAUUUUAAGAAGUCGAAAGACCAGUUUUAUCCGUCGGCUAUGUUGAGAGAAUUAAAAUAAGGAGUUGUGGAUGUUUUUCAGGCCUACGUGGGUUUUUCGUCAAGCAUGAAAGGAAACUUGUCUCCAGUAGCUACUGGAAAUUGGGGUUGUGGCGUCUACCGAGGCCUAUCAACGUUGAAGUCCCUCUUACAGUUAAUAGCAUGUAAUGCUGCUGAACGUGAUAUGGUGUAUUAUACUUUUGGAAAUAGAGAGCUGAGAGAUGAUUUAUACAAUAUGUACCUAUUUAUUUCGAAGAAUAACAUCACAAUCUCUGAAUUAUGGCGAAUCCUUUGCAAAUUUUCAUCCUCAAAUGUGCCUGAGCGAAACUUAUAUUCCUUCAUACAACAGGCAUAUUUUGAUAGUAAAAAACAGCCUGAUUCGAAAAAAUCUGUUGGUGAAAAAAUUGAGCAACCAUCAACAUCAAGAGAAAGCAGUAGUAGAGAAAUACAACCACCUCAGCCAUCACUGACCACAAAUACUAGUGGUUCAAGUAAAAGUGGCACUGAUAUAAGGGAUUUUUUCGGACCCGGCAAGGAAAAACAACCAUCUUCAAAUACUGCAAAAAGUGAAGACGGCCCAAAAAAUGUCGAGACAAGCAGGGUAACUGAAGAGACUUGUGAUUUUGAAGAGGAUAUCAUUGAGGGUACACCCCCAACUACUGUGACAGACUUUAAAUACAAAAAGAAAACGAAAAUAAAGGCAAAAUUCACUGAGGAAGAAAUUGUUCAGAAAUUGCCAAAGACAGAUAUAGCCUUACUAAUGGAUGAUUUGGAAGGCGUCUCCAAACCAUCAAAUGAAAAAUCACAACCAGAUUCUCUCUUAACGCAGAUUGAUAAGAUGCCGAGAAAGACGAAAGUAUUGAAAGUGGAGGAUCAAACACUUGUUGCUAGUGCCUUUACUAUUGAUGAAGAAAUGGAUGUUGAUUUCGCAGAAAUGUCGACAAGCAAAGAGGAGAACAAAACACCGAAACGUAAAAUUUCAGAUUAUUUUAAUAUCAAAUCCAAAAAUAACUGAUUGUAAUUUAUUUUGCUAAUCUGUAAUGUUAAUAAAAAACUUAAUUCCU